AUGAUCAUGGUGGAAUACGAUUCCCACAACGCCCAUAGACCCACCCACCACCACUCUCACUCAUACUCUCAUUCUCAGAGCAGCGUUCGUGGUUCUCCACUACUCCAACAUCUAGAACACCCCUCAGCGCACUCGACACCCUCACCUCCGUAUCGGUAUGCUCCCCUCCCUAUGCAGCAACAGCAGCAGCAACAGCAGCAGGCUCCCGCUCCCGCUCGAUCAACACCUACAUCGUAUCCAUCGCCUUCCUCUUACCCUUCGCCUUCAAUGUCCGCAUACCAAUACCCCCCACAACCAGGACCAAGGGGAUCUCCUUACUCUCAACCUCAACAAUUGCCUUCGUUCAACCUUCCCCCAAUACGUCUGAACCCACCAGCUACUUCUCAGCCUCUUCCACCGCCCCCGUCACAGGCGUCACUUGGCUCUCCUUUGAUGGGCUCGCCGCUACCACAGCCGUCUCCUCAACCCAUUUCGUACUAUGCUCAACUCCCUCAACAUGGUGGACUUCCUCCUCCAGCUAUGGCUCAUCCUAGCCAUAUCACCUCUUCUCCUAUAAAUCAAACGCUUAGGUAUCCGCUACCAGCCGUAGGAAAUAACGAGCGUAUCAUGUCCGGUGGGAGACAUAAGAAGGAAAUUAAAAGGAGGACGAAAACAGGUUGUUUGACUUGCAGGAAACGGAGAAUAAAGUGUGACGAAGCACACCCAUCGUGCAAGAAUUGUGCAAAAAGCAAGAGAGACUGCUUGGGUUAUGAUCCCAUCUUUAAAGCCCAACCGGGACCUGCAGCUAUUCAGCCUGCUCCCAGCACAGUAGGUGGCCAAAGUUACUCUCAGACCAUUUCCACAGGAAGUUCACCGGCAUCUUCCUGCGAGACAUAUGAUUACCAAUCAAUCGACCCGAGUCUUGACGCGUCUGUUAACCCUCAGAUUCCCAUUGCUGCAACUAUAUUGGAACCCCAAACAUACAGGCCGGAAUUGAAGAGGAGGCUAGAUAGGGGAAGCCCGUUUUCUUCAGCAUCUGACACAACUAGAGUUACACCUAUUCCAAGGUCAGCAACACCUGGGCUGUCCAAGUUGCAAGAUAACCAAGGUGGAAGUGCAGCGAAAAGGAUCAAGAUCGAUGACUUGUUGUCAGUAUCUUCAUCAUCACAGCCUCUCACACCGCCUUCAAGUGAAAUUGCAUCCUAUGCUUCACCAUCGACAUCUGUUGAGGGCAUGAAGCAACUUUAUAGGACACGCUUUGCACCUGGAUUGGAUAAUUUUCUGGAAACUGCAUGGUUUGGGAAUAGCGGCUUAUCUAGGAUAUUGGGAGAUGUUCCACUAUUGGAGGUUAUGGCCGAGAUUUUCGAACGCUUGAAGGCUCGAGGUGGUUUGUUUGUCGAAGAGGAGGAUCCGUCCAUUAGAAGGAAAGGGAAGCAUUCUAGUCUUCUGUGGGCAGCUGUGAAGAUGUGUUAUGGAACUAGUAUUCCGGCUUCCGACAAUACCCAGGAUGAGGAUGAGGAGGAUAAUAGUUCUAGGGACGACGAAGGCACGGAGACUUUGCGAAGGAUCCAUACUGUGGAAGCUCUAUUGACUGGUCAACAUCUUGAGAAGGCAUCUAUACCUUCCGAUGAUAGUGAAUCAAAUGCGGCAAUGUUUUGGAAGUUACUAGGGAAAAUUGCUGCUGCAAAAGGACAUGAUGCAGAGAGCAUCAAGGAGAUUGAUGCUAUCCUCGAUGACUGUGGUCAAUAUAUCGACAACAAAGAGAACAGAAAACUUCUCUAUAAGAUUGCUGAAUAUAGACACGUCAAAAGCCGUCGUUAUGAUCCAACCGAGCCCUCGUCUGUAUCUGAGGAUUCGAGGAUCUUUUCGAAUAAGCUGAAGAUGUACAUUGAGAAUGUCAUCAACACCCAGACAGAGGCUUCCCUCAAUCGCCGGAUUGCAGCUCGUGCCGAGCUUUUGUGGAUGGAUGCUAUGAGGGAGACACCUCUUUAUUGUUAA